UACUAACUAGCGAUACUUGCUUCGCUUGUUACAAAAUAUGGCAUUCGUAGUUGAAAAUCGUAAAUUCAUUGACAACGCCAUACGUCAGUCCAAAAAUACGCUCAAAGUAAGCGGAGAGCAGUUAUUUGCUAGUAAUAUGGCUGUGGAGUAUGGCAACAGCAGAAAUAUCACUGAAGAGUUUAGCAGGGCGACAUUUCUCGGCAUAUUAAAGGAGGAUCUGCUCCAGCUAACUGCCACCGAGCGUAUUUCAUUCACAACCGUUAUGUCGUUGUUGCUGAUUAUAUCGCUAUGUGGCAACAUCUGCUCGUUGCAUGCAAACAUGCGACGUCAAAUUCGUCCGUUUUUUCGUGCUUGCCUCAUAUCGUUGGCGUUUAGCGAUUUGAUUAACACUACCUUUCUCACAGCGGCCUAUUUAAGUCAAAUAUCACAGGAAUUUGUGCAAGUUUGGAUUCUCGGUCGCGGCAUGUGUCAUGUGGUGCCAUUCAUCACCAAUGCUGCGAUUUUGGUGAGCUCCAUAACGCUUGUCGGCAUAGCAAUGGAUCGUUAUUUUGCCGUCAUGCGUGCGGUAAUUAGUUUUUGGAAUCCGGGUGUCAUUUUCUGUGUGCUCAGCAUGCUCAGCUUAUGGGUAGCGGCCAUUGGCGCAUCGUGGCCAGUGUUUCGCGUCUAUGAAUUAUACCCCGUUAAGAUACUAACGAGGCAAAUGAUUCCUAUACCCGACAACACUACAAUUGUCAGUGUCGACUCAGCUACUGUAACAACCACAACAACAACAGCAGAAUCUGGAACAGCCAUGUCAACGUUAUAUGAAACCGCUGCCGAAGCAGUUACAACCAAAGCUUGGAAACAACAGACCGCCAACAACAAUCAGUCUUACGCGCUGCUGAUAACGACUGAGCUGGUGAUGAUGUGCAUAUCCAAUCAGUCAUCUAUUGCCAUGUACUACUUCGCAAUAUUCGCCAUCAUUUUCGUGCCCACAAUAAUUGCUUUUAUAUGGAUUAACUCAGUGAUUGCCAAGCAAUUGUGGAAACGUCGUCAUACCGUUGCUACUGUCAGCAAGACGCAGCGUAAAAGUUGGUGGCGGCACCUCUCCUGCAGGUGCUUGAGUAAAUUUGAAGACGUUGAGCAGAACUUAAAGGAGCAACCAGUCGACGCGUGCGAACAACCACGCAGUUGCGCUAAUAUUUCAAGUGGAGUUGGCACUAGCACGAUGGAUACUUGCAUCAAAAUACCACAACCAAUUCAGUCGAGCAUAACCAGCAUUGAACAGUUCAUUUUGCCAAGGAACGCUGCAAGUUCUGCGUCUACAACUAAGUACAGCAAUAGCAAUGAACGUGCAACACGUCAUAUACGCAUGUUUAGCGUAAUCAUUACGUUAAUUACCGGGUUUCUCUUUUUGCGUUCGCCCACCUGGAUUUUUCUGCUACUGCGCAUAAGUGGCGUCUAUACGGGUCAACGUCCAAUAGUUUUGCAUUACUGUUUCGGCAUUCUCAAUAUAACCAAUUCCAUGCUGAAUCCCUUCUUUUACACCUUUCUAACGGAGACAAUAAAAUGUGCGCACAUUAUUAAGGUGACUUUCGGCUGCGGCUUUUGCAGUUUUCGAUUGCGGCAGCAAAGCAAACAGCACGUCGCUACGUCUCCAACGGCCGGCUCUGUGGCUUUGGAAAAGGAUGGUUGUACAAAUUUGAAGGCGCCGACUGGCACGUGUUGUGGCAGCUUCGGUGUAAGUAAAAUGACCGCACUUGCUCGAACUUUGUGUUGCAAGCCUUCUGCGCGCAAAAGUAGCGGAAUUACCAAUCUAAGAAUUCAAUCGUUAGUUGAUAAACCGAACGGCGACAACGAGUCACUUGGCAGCGAGCGGGAUGAAGGUGUCGAUUGUAGCGAUGCUAACUGUAAUAGCAAUGGCGAGCGUGACACAGUGAAUGCGACUUAAUAAACCGGUCUAAAACUGUGGAACGUAUUCAAUUUAUGUACUAAAUGAAUUUUAAUUGAAAAUAUUUAGCACAUCAAAAUAUUUGAAAUAAAAUAGUGCAGUGUAU